AUGUUGUUUAGGGUUUGUUCUGAUAAUAGGUUGUUUCCAGAGGCGGUUAGGGUUUUUGAUUAUGUGGAGGAAAAGGGAUUCUUACUUCAGAAGCCAUUCUCAAGUUCUAACAGGCUACCUGAGGAAUCAGUAAAAGCUUCAUUCUGUGAAUCGGAUGAGACAGUUAGAGUUGCAUAUGCAGAUUUGAUAACUUCGUCCAAGGAGACUUUGGAUUCUAUAUUGGAACUGCAAGAGGCUCUGAUUGCAAAGAAUCCGUCAGUAACCCAAGCUGUUAAUGGUUCAGAAAAGUCAUCAAAAGAAGUUUCUAAUGUUUUGGAAGACAAUCUUGACCAAGAGUGGUCACAAAUUUCUCGGAUGCACAACAGUAUAGCAUCUUUCAGAGACAAGUCUAUCAACAAAUGUCAGAGGAUUACGCAAGUGACAACCGGUGUUGCUGCAAUUAAAGGCAAACACGCUUUUAAUCAGGAUAUCAGCAAUCAAGUUGCUGGCUAUAUGAGAGAUCCUAGUAGAAUGGUCAAGCAGAUGCAACUGAGAAAAUCAGCUGUUAACGUAUUUGGAUCCGACAUAAGGAACGGCUCGGGAAAUCAUCGUGCACUAUCAAGCACCACACUGUUUCCACAAAGUAUUCGAAAUUCCACGCCCAAGAGUCAAUAUAAUCGAGGUUCAAGUGCUCCACCAACAUCUAUCGAAGCGAACGGAAACAUACUAAACAAAAAUAAUGGAUCCCAUUUUGACGUGGUAAACGGAAUCAAUAGAAAUAUGAUAAAAGGAAGAGAGAUAGAUGAAAGACAAUACUCAGCAAAACUGAGUGAAAUUGACGUAUACGAGAGCUCUCGUUACGACGCGCUGUUGCUUAAAGAAGAUUUGAAGAAUACAAACUGGCUUCAUAGUGUGGAUGAUAAAUUUGAUCAAGGCUCCUUAUUAUUUGAUAAUGGAUUCGAGAACCUGCCUGAGCCUUUUGGUCUCUUAUAG